GUCGCAGGCUUAUGACGUCCUCUUUACCCGCUGCCCGACAGGAGGACAGGUUCUUUUAAGUCCACCAUCCAUCUAAAACCACAAUGGCCGAGGAAGGCAUCGCUGCCGGAGGUGUGAUGGAUGUCAACACUGCUCUCCCUGAAGUGCUCAAGACCGCACUCAUCCACGACGGCCUGGCCCGCGGCAUCCGUGAGGCCACCAAGGCCCUGGACAAGCGUCAGGCCCAUCUCUGCGUCCUUGCUGCCAACUGCGAUGAGGCAGUGUACGUGAAGCUGAUCGAGGCCCUCUGCGCCGAGCAUCAGAUCAACCUGAUCAAGGUUGACGACAACAAGAAGCUCGGCGAGUGGGUCGGUCUAUGCAAGAUCGAUCGUGAGGGAAAACCCCGUAAAGUCGUGGGCUGCAGCUGCGUCGUUGUCAAGGACUAUGGCAAAGAAUCUCAAGCCAAGGAUGUCGUUGAGGAAUACUUCAAAGCCAAGAAAUGAGAUGUCAAUAAAUCGUGGAAAUAAAA